GGAGCUGUCAUGGUUGACUAUCGCCAAACCGUAGGUUGUAUAAAAGGAGACGUUUUCUGAGCGUUUUUACAAACAAACAUUGAAACGAGUUCUUCAACGAUCUAAAUCUCCAGUCGACUCGGAAUGGCUUUGACCGGAACAGCUCCCCCAAGAGGAAGUGCAGCAGCAGCUGCCAGCAUGAGAAGAAGGAGGACAACGAGUGGUGCUGCUGCGUCAGGAGGUGCAGCUGGUACCAUGCUCCAGUUUUACACGGAUGAUGCUCCGGGACUUAAGAUCUCGCCAAAUGUUGUGCUUGUUAUGAGCAUUGGUUUCAUUGCUUUUGUUGCUAUUCUUCAUGUCAUGGGUAAGCUUUACUUUGUUCGAAAAGAGUAGAGCGGGUGAAAGUGUUGUCAUACCUAUUGAAUUUCGGUAUGGCGAGUUCUGGAUAUUGGAAUUCAGAUUUAGUGUUUGUCAAGUUUUUUGGAGAAUGAGUUUGUUUCAAGUAACAUGAUUCUUGUUCUAAGCCUUAGACACAUUCAAAAUUUUAAUAUUAGCUUCUUCUUAAUGAGAAUUUAUUAUUGAUUCAA